GUGCCAUCCUUUCCAGACGAGCCGCCGUUGUGCCAUGCCUGUGCCAUGGCUCGCCGUGCGGGUCUUGUGGCUCAGGCACUUCCUGCUACUUUCCGUGGCUUCCAGCACCGUGCAGGUGUCGCAGGGCAGCUUCUGGGACUCCCUCUACGCAGAGAACACUCGCCUGGGGGUUGAGGACUUCAAUGCGUCGUGGCAGGAGGUCGACUUGGCAAAGCUUUCGCAGGUGCUGGAGGGUCGGAUCGACCUGCGAUCCGAGGAGCUCCGGGUGGCCGUCUUGGGAAGCGGGGACUCGCCGCUGCCGCAGGAGAUGGUGGCGCAAGGCAUCCGAGCGGUCACAGCCAUAGAUUCCAGCGAGGCGCUCUCAAGAAUGCCCAGGCCUGGCCUUCGCUGGCUGAAGGAGGAUGCACGCAAGCCGACGUCGUUGGAGGCCUCCGCCUUCGACCUGGUGGUGGAGCUGGGGCUCCUGGACGUGAUCCUCGCGGAGCCCGGCGACGCCGCUGGCCUGCUGCGGGAGGCCCGGCGCCUCUUGUGCGCUGGGGGCCUCUUUGUGAGCGGUUCCACCGAUGCGCCGUCGUUUCGCUUGCCACUUUUGGCCAAGCAUCCAGCGGGAGGCUGGGCAGAAGAGGCGGAGGUGCUGAGGCUCCCGCGAGCCCGAAAGUUGGACCCCCGACUCGUGGAGCUCGACCCAGCCUGGGAGGUCGACAACAUCUUCAUCUACGUCAGCAGGGCUGCUGGAGAGGUGGAGGUGGGCCAGGCUCAGAAAUCCAAGGCAGCGCCCAAAGAUUCGGCAUCGCCUGUUCCAAACGCGCAGCAGCCUGAACCAGCACCACCAACCCGAGCAACGCCUGCCCAACAGACGCCAGUGCCUCCAGAAGAGCCGCCAGCGCCUCCGCCAGAGGCACCAGCGCCUCCGCAGGAGGCACCAGCGCCUCCGCAGGAGGCACCAGCGCCUCCACAAGAGGCACCAUCGCCUCCACAAGAGGCACCAGCGCCUUCACAAGAACAAGAGGCACUAGCUCCUCCACAAGGGGCACCAGCUCCUCCACAAGAAGCACCAGCGCCACCGCAGGAGGCACCAGCACCUCCACCGGAGGCACCAGCGCCUCCGCCAGAGGCACCAGCGCCUCUGCAGGAGGCACCAGCUCCACCAGAGGCACCAGCACCUCCACAAGAGGCACCAGCACCUCCACCAGAGGCACCAGCGCCUCCACAAGAAGCACCAGCACCUCCACAAGAGGCACCAGCACCUCUACAAGAGGCACCAGCACCUCCACCAGAGGCACCAGCGCCUCCACAAGAAACACCAGCACCUCCACCAAAACCACCAGCACCUCCACCGGAGGCACCAGCUCCUCCACAAGAGGCACCAGCACCUCCACCAGAGGCCCCCGCGCCUCCACAGGAGGAACCAGCGCCUCCACCAGAGGCACCAGCGCCUCCAGAGGACGUCUCGGACUUCGCGGCGAGUAUCCGGCGCUUGCAGGCUCAGGCCGCCGCACUCGCCAAGUCUGCUGGGGAAUGAGGUCGCACCGUCUCUCGGGCCUUUGCAGCUGGAAGAGCCAAAGGCUGUGCUCCGAGCGCGAAGCUCCCGAGAGG